AUGUCCCUCCUCUCCGAUUCAGCUCUCGCCUACCCAUUCUCACUCUGUCUGUUCUCCACCGCAGUGACGUACAUCGCGUCGGUGUUGACCUCCAACGUCUCCCAAGUCGACCGUCUCUGGACCUUCCUCCCCACCAUCUACACCGCAUACUUCGCUCUAGCUCCUCUAUGGCCGAAAGAACCGACGUAUGUUGCUGGAAUUCAGAUUCCCUUCAUCCCUUUCCUCCCAGCGCAGCUCCAAGCCCAAUACCCCCUCGAUGAUCUCACUGCCUCCAUCACAUUCUCACCCCGCGCUCUUCUCAUUCUCACCCUGAUAAACCUAUGGAUGCUUCGUCUCUCCUACAACACCUUCCGCCGGGGUUUGUUCUCGCUCACAGACGAAGACUACCGCUGGUCCGUCCUGCGACGGCAGUUCAACGAACGGUUCGGGGGAGGAGGAGGCGGGAAAGUGGUUUUUCAGAUCGUGAAUUUCACGUUUAUAGCGGCGACGCAGAAUGUGCUGCUUAUGGCGUUGGGGUGGCCGGCGUAUCUCGCUGUGACCCAGACCAGCACGGGUGGUAGUGGUGGUACUCUGGUUAUCACGGAUUACAUCCUCGCGCUAUGGGCACUCGGCGUACUCGUCGUCGAGUUUACAGCAGAUAAUCAACAAUUCGUGUAUCAGACGUACAAACACACAUUCCUCGCAUCCACCUCCACCUCCACCUCCACUCCCACCUCUACACCCACCCCCGCAGACCACACCCACGCCCUCCGCGUUGCAUCCACCGUAGCCUGGCCUUGUGCUUCCCCUGAAACCGAUCUAAACCUCACCCCCGCCGACGCCCACCGCGGAUUCCUCACGUCCGGUCUCUGGAGAUACUCCCGCCACCCCAACUUUGCCUGCGAACAGGCGUUUUGGUGGUUGAUCUGUGGGAUACCGGCGUUUGCUGGACUAUCCGAGGUUGGGAUGGGAUCCCUCCCCCCCUUCCUCCCCGCCCUCAUCCCCUUCCUCCCCGCCCUCGCCCUCUCCCUCCUCUUCCUCUCCUCCACCGCCUACACCGAAGCCAUCUCCGCAUCCAAAUACCCCCUCCCCUACUCCGCAUACCAAUCCCGCGUCCCCAUGUUCGGUCCAAUUCCGCUUCUUGGGCUACUUGCGGCUACUGGGGAGAGGGAGAGGAGGAAGGUGGAGGCGUUGGUUUGGGGUGGUGGGGAUAUGGAAGAGAAAAGGAAGGGGUGA